GGCUAGAGAGGCCGGAAGUGCAGCGAGCCUGGGGCCGCGCUGGCCGCGCCGGCGGUGGGACGCCUCGAUCCCCUGCUCCGGUCUUUUCGUCGCGGCUCGGGGGCGAGGAGGCCCCAGGAGGACCUUGGGAUGGACCAAGAGGCAGUGCGGCAGCCCACUGGGCCACCCACAAGAAAGAAAUUCCUCAUACCUCUGGACGAGGAUGAGGUCCCUCCUGCGGGGGCCAAGCCCUUAUUCAAAUCCACACGGAGCCUUCCCACCAUGGAGACUUCGCCCCCGCCAGCCCCUCAGACCUAUGCUGAGUAUGCCAUCUCAGGACCUCCAGGAGGGGCUGGCCCCACGGGGCCGGAACCCCUGGCAGGAGAGACCCCCAACCACGCCCCCAAACCGGGGGCAAAAUCCAACAGCAUCAUUGUGAGCCCCCGGCAGAGGGGCAACCCCGUGCUGAAGUUUGUGCGCAAUGUGCCCUGGGAAUUUGGUGACGUGCUUCCCGACUACGUGCUGGGCCAGAGCACCUGUGCCCUCUUCCUCAGCCUCCGCUACCACAACCUCCACCCCGACUACAUCCACCAGCGGCUGCAGACCCUGGGGAAGAGCUUCGCCCUGCGGGUCCUGCUCGUGCAGGUGGACGUGGUAAGCGAGGGUCACUCCGCCGCCGGCCGCCCUGUCCCCAUCUGUGAAAUGGGCUUGUUGGGCUCAAGUGGACGGUCGAACCCCCUCCAAGGAGAAACAUCUCUUCUUCUGAUUUUCUUCUCCAUCCAGAAAGAUCCUCAGCAGGCUCUCAAGGUGCUGGCGAAGAUGUGCAUCCUGGCCGACUGCACGCUGGUCCUUGCCUGGAGCCCCGAGGAGGCCGGGCGCUACCUGGAGACGUACAAGGCCUACGAGCAGAAGCCGGCGGACCUCCUGAUGGAGAAGCUGGAGCAGGACUUCGUCUCCCGGGUGACUGAAUGUCUCACCACCGUGAAGUCAGUCAACAAAACGGACAGUCAGACCCUCCUGGCUACUUUUGGGUCUCUGGAACAGCUCAUAGCUGCAUCACGGGAAGAUCUGGCCUUGUGCCCAGGCUUGGGACCCCAGAAGGCCCGGAGGCUGUUUGAUGUCCUCCAUGAGCCCUUCUUGAAAGUGCCCCGAUGACCCCAGCUGCCAAGGAGGCCCUUGGGGUGAGAAUAAAGCAUUUUCCAGCCUGGG